AUGAGCUCUAUCGAUAAAACAUCCGAGAUAACCAAGUCCUUUGAUACCAUUUUGGUCUUGGACUUUGGAUCACAAUAUUCCCAUCUUAUUGUUAGAAGGUUAAGAGAAAUUCAUGUCUACGCUGAAAUGCUUCCAUGUACUCAGAAGAUAAGUACUUUGAAGUUUAAACCGAUUGGUAUUAUUUUAUCUGGUGGCCCAUACUCAGUUUAUGAAGACGAUGCCCCUCAUGUCGACCCAUCGAUUUUUGAUCUUAACGUUCCAAUCCUUGGAAUCUGCUAUGGUAUGCAAGAGAUUGCAUGGCUCAACAACAAGUCAGUUAGCAGGGGAACAAAAAGAGAAUAUGGACCUGCAAAUAUUAAUGUUUUGGACAGCUCUUGCCCUCUUUUUAAGGGAACAGAUAACUCUAAAGUUUGGAUGUCACAUCACGACAAGUUAACUAAGCUCCCAGACGGGUUCAAGACUGUGGCAAACACAGACAACACACCAUUUGCUGGAAUCAGCCAUGUCUCGAAACCUAUAUAUGGUAUUCAAUUUCACCCAGAGGUCACACACACCGUUCAGGGUAAAAGAUUACUCAAAAACUUUGCAGUGAAUAUAUGUAAGGCUCCACAAAACUGGACUAUGGAGAACUUUAUCCAGACUGCUGUUAAAAGAAUUAGAGAUACAGUCGGACCUACAGCCGAGGCUAUUGGAGCUGUCUCUGGUGGCGUUGAUUCGUCUGUUGCAUCUAGACUUAUGAAAGAGGCAAUAGGUAACAGGUUUCACGCUAUUUUUGUGGACAAUGGCUUGAUGAGAAAAAACGAAGCUGAAAAUGUGAAGCAUGCAUUGGAUGAAGGAUUGGGAAUAAAUUUAGUUGUUGUUGAUGCAGGGAAAGAAUUUUUAGGCAAUCUCAAGGGUGUCACUGACCCUGAGAAGAAGAGGAAGGUAAUCGGACAUACUUUCAUACAUGUUUUUGAACGAGUUGCUAAUCAAAUCAAACCGAAGGAUGGAUCUCAGAUCAAGUACUUACUUCAGGGCACAUUAUAUCCUGAUGUUAUCGAGAGCGUUUCAUUUAAGGGCCCGUCUCAAACUAUCAAAUCCCAUCAUAAUGUGGGAGGAUUGAUUGACAACAUGAAGCUAAGCUUGAUCGAACCUUUGAGGGAACUUUUUAAAGAUGAAGUUCGCCAUCUUGGUGAACUUUUGGAUAUACCUGAAGACCUUGUCUGGAGGCAUCCAUUCCCAGGUCCGGGUCUUGGAAUACGUGUGUUGGGCGAGGUCACCCCAAAACAAGUAGAGAUUGCAAGAGAAGCAGAUGAUGUGUUUAUUACCGAAAUUAAGAAGGCUGGUCUUUACAGAAAGAUAUCUCAAGCGUUUGCAUGCUUACUUCCUAUUAGAUCUGUUGGUGUGAUGGGUGAUCAAAGAAUGUAUGAACAAGUUAUUGCCUUAAGAGCCAUUGAAACUGUCGAUUUCAUGACGGCCGAUUGGUUUGUUUUUCCUGCGGAUUUCUUGAAGAGAGUUGCAUCUAGAAUUGUGAACGAGGUUAAUGGUGUUUCAAGAGUUACAUAUGAUAUCACUUCUAAGCCUCCUGCUACCGUUGAGUGGGAAUGA